CAGCAGCAAAAUUAUUAAAGCAACGCGAAAAACAAUUAAAAUAUAAUAAAUAUAGCUACAAAUAUUGCAGCAUAGCGCGCGAUCAACAUGUGAAGGUGCCGCACGCAAAGCUGUGGAUUAUUACGUGCCCAAACAAAACCCAGAACCGGGCAAGAAAAUUAUAACCUCAAAGCAUUGAACAGACGGGACGCAGUGCACCUGCUUGCAGUUGGGAAGGUGCCCAAUUAAAUUUGGAUCAUCAAAAUGUCGACCUCAUCAAAAGUGCAGCAGUUCGUCAAUGGUCUCAAAUCCCGUAAUCGCAAUGUGCAAAACAAGGCGGCGCAGGAUUUAUUCCUGUACGUCAAAACCGAAAUGCGCGAAAUGUCGCAAGAAGAGCUGAUACAAUUUUUCGACGAAUUUGAUCAUCACAUCUUUAAUAUGGUUAAUGCAGCCGAUAUAAACGAAAAGAAAGGCGGCGCGCUGGCAAUGAAGUGCCUGAUAAGCGGAGAUGGCCUGAUAACACGCAAAGGCAUCUCUCCUUACCUCAAUCGCCUGCGCGAUCUGCUACUCAUCAACGAUGUGUCCGUAAUGGAGAUUGCGGCACGCUCGCUGGUCAAGCUGGCCAAUAUGCCUGGGUCCAAGGGCGCCGAUUCAUUUGACUUCGACAUUAAGAAGGCGUUUGAAAUGCUCAGUGGCGACAGACAAGAGUAUCGUCGUCAUGCUGCUGUGUUUAUUUUACGUGAGCUGGCCAUAGCACUGCCCACAUACUUCUAUCAGCAGAUAUUGACUUUCUUUGAGCAUAUAUUCAAUGCUAUCUUUGACCCCAAGCCUGCCAUACGGGAGUCUGCCGGCGAAGCAUUACGCGCCGCACUCAUUGUCACCGCUCAGCGUGAGAAUACCAAGCAGUCCAGCGAGCCGCAAUGGUAUAAAAUCUGCUACGAGGAGGCCAGCAAUAGCUUUAACGCUGAGGUCUCUACAGGCAAGGAGCAAAAAGGCAUGACGCGUGAUGAUCGCAUACAUGGUGGUCUCAUUGUCUUCAACGAGUUAUUUCGUUGUGCCAAUGCAAAUUGGGAGCGACGCUAUAAUGCAUUGAAGCAAUUGUUUCCUAGGCCUCACCAUAACAAGUUCUUGGAGAUGGGAGGCCCCAGCAUGACGUCUAGUCAGCAUAAUACGCUAGUGCCGCGCCUCAAAGUGCCUUUUGUGGAUAAGUUGGGCAGCCGCCAGCUGCCGCUCGAGGUGGAGCAACAUAAUGGCAAUGGCAGCAAUAAGUUAAAUAGCCACAACGUAAUGGAGUCGGCGUACGCGCACGAGAUACUCAAGGCGAACUUCCUGACCAUUUGUGACAAUGUGCUGGACCAGCGCAACUCGAAAUCUCCUUAUGUGCAGCAGGCGCUGCUGCAAAUACUGCCACGCCUAGCUGCCUUCAAUCGGGAGGCGUUUGUGGCGAAAUAUUUGCAAAUAUGCGUGCAACAUUUGAUGUCCAUACUGCGAGGCAAGGAGAAGGAUCGCAAUGUGGCAUAUGUAACCAUCGGCUACAUAGCUGUGGCCGUGGAAAGCGACAUUGAGGUGCAUCUGAAGAACAUCAUGAGCAGCGUCAAGCAGGCGCUGCCAGCCAAGGAUUUGGCUAGCAAACGUAAACCACCUGUGGAUGCAGCGGUCUUUGCUUGCAUUACACUGCUGGCGCAUGCGGUCAAGUCUGAAAUAGCGGACGAUGUAAGUGACAUACUGGAGCAAAUGUUCCACACUGGCCUGUCGCCGGCUCUGACCGUUUGUCUGCGCGAGCUGGCCGAGAAUGUGCCGCAGUUGAAGAAGGACAUCACAGACGGACUCGUCGGCGUACUCACCCAAGUGCUUAUGAACAAAAUGCCAUCGAAUCCCUAUGCUACGCUACCCACGAUCAGCAUAGAUGCCUCGCUUAUGCUGCAUACGGCAACAAUCGUGCUGGCACUCAAAACUCUGGGCACAUUUAGCUUCGAGGAGCGCAACAUGCUGGACUUUGUGCAACGCUGUGCGGACUUCUAUAUAGUGCAUGAACAGCAGGAAAUACGCCUGGAGGCGGUGCAAACCUGCACGAGAUUACUCAAGGUGGCUGUGCAAACGGAAACCAGCAUGAAGGACUCCAAGACCUUGAGCGAUACCGUCUCGCAUGUCAUCGAACGUUUGCUUACGGUGGCUAUAACCGAUUUUGAUUGCAAUGUGCGUGUCUGCAUUCUACGCUCCUUGGAUGGCACCUUUGAUGCCAAGCUGGCGCAGCCGGAAUCGCUCAAUGCGCUCUUCAUAACGCUGAACGAUGAGAUAUUCGAAAUACGCGAGUUGGCCAUGAUGACCAUUGGGCGACUGUCUUCGAUGAAUCCGGCUUAUGUGAUGCCCAAGCUGCGCACUACGAUGAUCGAGCUGCUUACGGAUCUCAAAUACUCUGGCAUGAGUCGCAACAAGGAGCAAAGUGCACGCAUGUUGGAUCAUUUGGUCAUAAGCACGCCGCGUUUGAUAAGCUCCUAUAUGAAUCCCAUACUCAAAGCGCUGGUGCCCAUGCUGCAUGAGCCGGAAUCCAAUCCGGGCGUUGUGCUGAGCGUGCUGCGCACCAUUGGCGAUCUGGCGGAGGUAAACGGCGGCUCCCACGAAAUGGAGCUGUGGGCAGAUGAGUUGCUGUGCAUACUGCUGGAAAUGCUGGGCGAUGCAGGCAGUCCGGAUAAGCGUGGCGUGGCACUCUGGACGCUGGGACAGCUAAUAAGCGCCACCGGACGCGUUGUCAGUCCGUAUCACAAAUAUCCCGUGCUCAUAGACAUACUGAUUAACUUUCUGAAGACCGAACAGCGACGCACUAUACGCCGGGAAACGAUUCGCGUGCUGGGCUUACUGGGCGCAAUGGAUCCGUAUAAGCACAAGAUGAACAAAGGCUUGAUUGACAGCCAAAAGGAUAAUGUGCUCAUUGCUUACAGCGAAGGCAAACCGGAUGAGAGUCAGGAUAUAUCCACAGCAGAGCUGCUGGUGAAUAUGAACAAUGCGCUGGAUGAAUAUUAUCCAGCAGUGGCUAUAGCUGCAUUGAUGCGUAUUCUACGUGAUCCCACGCUAAGCAGCAAGCACACGAGUGUGGUGCAGGCGGUUACUUUCAUCUUCCAAAGUCUGGGCAUCAAAUGCGUGCCGUACUUGGCCCAGGUGCUGCCCAAUUUGCUGGACAAUGUGCGCACGGCGGACAACAAUCUGCGUGAGUUUCUGUUUCAACAGCUGGCUAUCCUGGUGGCGUUUGUUAAGCUGCACAUCAUCAGCUACAUGGACGACAUCUUUCGCCUGAUCAAAGAGUUCUGGACCAUUAACACUCCGUUGCAGUCCACGCUGAUCAAUCUCAUUGAACAAAUUGCCGUUGCGCUCGGCUGUGAAUUUCGCGAUUACUUUGCGCAGCUGAUACCACAAAUACUGCGAGUGCUGCAGCAUGACAACUCCAAGGAGCGCCACGUGACGCGUCGACUGCUGCAGGCGCUGCAGAAAUUUGGCUGCACCUUGGGCUAUUAUUUGCCGCUGAUAGUGCCGCCCAUAGUGAAGCUUUUCGAUUCGCCCUAUGUGCUGCCGCAGGUGUCGCUGGUGGCGCUGGAGACAAUACAUCAGCUGGCCUGUCAGCUGGACUUUACGGACUUUAGCUCGCGCAUUAUACAUCCGCUGGUGCGUGUGCUGGAAACGGAGCCGGAGCUGCGCGAGCAGGCGAUGGCGACGCUGCGUGCGCUGGUCAAGCAGCUGGGACGCAAGUAUCUGGUGUUUGUGCCCAUGGUGCAGCGCACGCUGCUGAAGCAUCGCAUUGUGGAUGCCGAAUAUGAGAAGCUACUGAAUCGCAUACAAUCGAAUAGCACGCUGGCCGAGCUGGAGCUCUGCCUGAGCACGGAGCUGAGCCAGCGCCAGCUCAAGGCCAAGUACAACGAACCCUAUGUGCUGGACUCGAGCAGCAGCAGCAGCAACAAGAACCUGAAGGUGUCCACGCAGGUGCUGCGCACAGCUUGGCAGGUGACGCGGCGCGUCUCGAAAGAUGACUGGGUGGAGUGGCUGAAGCGCUUGUCCAUUGGCCUGCUCAAGGAGUCGCCUUCGCAUGCGCUGCGCGCUUGCUGUGCUCUGGCCCAGGAUUAUGAUGCACUGCUGCGUGAUUUGUUCAAUGCCGCCUUCAUCAGCUGCUGGACGGAGCUGUCGCGUGAGCAGCGUGCCGAGCUGACACAGUCCUUGGUGCAGGCGCUGCAGGUUACGGACAUGCCAGAGAUUACCCAAGCCAUACUCAACUUGGCCGAGUUCAUGGAGCACUGCGAUCGCGAUCCCAUACCCAUCGAAAUGCAGCUGCUGGGCACACGCGCCAUGGCCUGUCGCGCCUAUGCCAAGGCGCUGCGCUAUAAGGAGGAGGAGUUUGUGCAGCGUCGCGAUGCGCACGUCUUCGAGUCCUUGAUACUCAUCAACAACAAGCUGCAGCAGCGUGAGGCGGCCGAGGGACUGCUGGCCACCUAUCGCAAGACGGCCAAUGAAUACAAUGUGCAGGGCCGCUGGUACGAGAAGCUGCACAACUGGGAGGAGGCACUGCGUCAGUAUAAUCUAGUGGACUCGCGUGAUUUGGAAACACGACUGGGACGGCUGCGCUGCCUGGAGGCUUUGGGUGAAUGGUCGGAGCUGAGCGGCGAGUGCAAACAGGAGUGGAGCGGACUGAGUCUGGAGGCGCGCACACGCGCCAGUCCAUUGGCUGCUGUUGCCGCCUGGGGUCUGCAGGACUGGGAGUGCAUGCAGGAGUAUGUGCGCUGCAUUCCGGCGGACACACAGGAUGGCAGCUACUAUCGGGCUGUGCUCGCCGUGCAUCAUGGUGACUACGAGUCGGCGCAGCGUCUGAUAGACGCCACGCGUGAUUUGCUCGACACCGAAUUGACCUCCAUGGCGGGCGAAUCCUAUGAGCGCGCCUACGGUGCUAUGGUCUGCGUGCAGAUGCUCGCAGAGCUGGAGGAGGUGAUGCAGUACAAACUUAUACCGGAGCGCCGUGAGCCGCUGAAGGCGAUGUGGUGGAAGCGACUGCAGGGCGGCCAGCGCCUGGUGGAGGACUGGCGUCGCAUUAUCCAGGUGCAUUCGCUGGUGGUGCAGCCGCAUGAGGAUAUACGCACCUGGCUGAAGUACGCUAGUCUCUGCCGCAAGAGCGGCUCCCUGCACUUGUCCUACAAGACGCUCGUCAUGCUGCUGGGCCAGGAUCCGGAGCGCCAGCCGCUGGAGUGCCUGCCCAUUGCACAGCCGCAGGUUAGCUACGCCUAUACCAAGUAUCUGGCGGGCUGCUCGCGUCUGCAGGAAGCCUACGACAAGCUGCGUCAGUUCGUGCUGAACUACAGCGCGCAGACGCAGGUGCAGGAUCAGCGGCUCAUGGCGCGUUGCUAUCUGCGCCUGGCCAGCUGGCAGAACAAGCUGAACGAGCACAAGACCAAGCCCGAACCGGAGGCUGUGCAGAGUGCGCUGGAGUGCUUCGAGAAGGCCACCAGCUACGAUCCCAACUGGUACAAGGCCUGGCAUCUGUGGGCGUACAUGAACUUCAAGGUGGUGCAGGCGCACAAGCAGCAGCUGGACAAGCAGGGCGUGCAGCUCACCCUGGACAGCGAGCGGCUUAUCCAACAGUAUGCCGUGAGCGCCGUCCAGGGAUUCUUCCGCUCGAUUAGUCUCAUACGCGGCAACUCGCUGCAGGAUACGCUGCGGCUGCUGACGCUUUGGUUCGACUAUGGCCACCAUGCGGAGGUCUACGAUGCACUGUUGUCGGGCAUGAAGCUGAUAGAGAUUAACACAUGGCUGCAGGUCAUACCGCAGCUGAUAGCGCGCAUCGAUACGCAUCGACGGCUGGUGGGACAGCUGAUUCACCAGCUGCUAAUGGACAUUGGCAAGAACCAUCCGCAGGCGCUAGUCUAUCCGCUGACCGUGGCCUCCAAGUCCGCCUCGCUGGCGCGCAAAAAUGCUGCCUUUAAGAUUCUGGACUCCAUGCGCAAGCAUUCGCCCGUGCUGGUGGAGCAGGCGGUCAUGUGCAGCGAGGAGCUCAUACGCGUGGCCAUUCUCUGGCACGAGCAGUGGCACGAAGGUCUGGAGGAGGCGUCACGUCUCUACUUUGGCGAUCGCAAUGUGAAGGGCAUGUUUGAGAUUCUGGAGCCGCUGCAUGGCAUGCUGGAGCGUGGGCCACAGACGCUGAAGGAAACUUCAUUCUCGCAGGCCUAUGGACGCGAGCUGACCGAGGCCUAUGAGUGGACGCAGCGCUACAAGACGUCCGCUGUGCUGAUGGAUUUGGAUCGCGCUUGGGAUAUUUACUAUCAUAUAUUCCAGAAGAUAUCGCGGCAGCUGCCGCAACUUACAUCGCUGGAGUUGCCUUAUGUCUCACCCAAACUGAUGACCUGCAAGGAUCUGGAGCUGGCCGUGCCGGGCUCCUAUAAUCCCGGGCAGGAGCUUAUACGCAUCAGUCAUAUUAAAACCAAUUUGCAGGUCAUCACCUCCAAGCAGCGUCCGCGCAAGCUUUGCAUACGCGGCUCCAAUGGCAAGGACUAUAUGUAUUUGCUGAAGGGGCACGAGGACUUGCGUCAGGACGAGCGUGUUAUGCAGCUGUUCUCGCUGGUGAAUACGCUGCUGCUGGAUGAUCCGGAUACGUUCCGGCGUAAUUUGGCCAUACAACGCUAUGCGGUCAUACCGCUGAGCACAAAUUCAGGACUCAUCGGCUGGGUGCCCCACUGUGAUACGCUGCACACGCUCAUACGCGACUAUCGCGAUAAGAAGAAGGUGGCACUUAACCAGGAGCAUCGCACUAUGCUCAACUAUGCGCCCGACUACGAUCACUUGACGCUGAUGCAAAAGAUUGAGGUGUUCGAGCAUGCGCUGUCCAAGACCAAAGGCGAUGACCUGGCCAAGCUGCUGUGGCUCAAGUCGCCCUCAUCGGAGCUGUGGUUCGAGCGGCGCAACAACUACACGCGCUCGCUGGCGGUCAUGUCCAUGGUGGGCUACAUACUGGGCCUGGGCGAUAGACAUCCCUCCAAUCUUAUGCUGGACCGCAUGAGCGGCAAAAUCUUGCACAUUGACUUUGGCGAUUGCUUUGAGGUGGCCAUGACGCGCGAAAAGUUUCCGGAGAAGAUUCCGUUUAGGCUGACGCGCAUGCUGAUCAAUGCCAUGGAAGUCACUGGCAUUGAGGGCACCUAUCGACGCACCUGCGAGAGCGUCAUGCUGGUGCUGCGACGCAAUAAGGACUCGCUGAUGGCUGUGCUGGAGGCUUUUGUCUACGAUCCGCUGCUCAACUGGCGUCUGCUGGAUGUGGACAAGAAGGGCAAUGAUACGAACACCAACAACACGACGACAACGACGACAGCAGCUAGCGCUGGCAGCACCAGCAACUCCCUGGACCAAGAAUCGCUGCUGCAGAGCAAUCCGGUGGCCAAAUCGAAACCAUAUGAUGCCACACAGCAGCUGCACUUGGGCUACACGAACAAUGUGGCGGAUGUGACGAACAGCAAGGCCAGCAUGGUUAUCCAAAGAGUCAACUGCAAGUUGACGGGCACAGAUUUCCAGACCAAGGACGGUGUCACCGAGCAGCAGCAGGUGGAGCUGCUCAUACAGCAGGCCACAAAUAAUGAGAACCUUUGCCAGUGCUACAUAGGUUGGUGUCCCUUUUGGUAAUAGCAGACUGAGCAAAGUUUACAUAUACAUAU